CCGAAAUCGAUCCCUGCGCCCAGCGUCAUCGAGCCUGCUACCACAGCAAAGAGAAAGAUGGCCGUUCACAUCAAGGUGGACGAUUCGCCAGCCCAAACGGCCGGGGCAGCGCCUGCUGUGCCCAUGGGCAAAGUCCAUUAUCCCUUCUGGUUCGGUGGUUCCGCGUCCUGCUGUGCAGCGGCGGUUACUCAUCCGUUGGAUCUUGUCAAGGUACGCUUACAAACGCGAGCGCCGGAUGCUCCAAAGAGCAUGGUGGGCACUUUUGGCCAUGUGGUGAAGAACAAUGGAAUCCUAGGCUUGUACAGUGGACUCUCCGCCGCAAUCCUCCGUCAACUCACAUACUCAACCACGCGCUUCGGGAUAUACGAAGAGCUGAAAUCGCGAGCCUCCUCGGAUCCGAACGCACCACCGGGCCUACUCACCCUCCUUGGAAUUGCAUGUGCUUCGGGUUUCAUCGGCGGCAUCGCAGGCAACCCGGCCGAUGUGCUGAACGUUCGCAUGCAGUCGGACGCGGCACUACCCCCCGCGCAACGACGAAACUACCGACACGCCCUACACGGUCUGGUCCGGAUGACGCGCGACGAAGGGUUCGCCAGCCUUUUCCGCGGCGUGUGGCCGAACUCGACGCGCGCGGUGCUCAUGACGGCCUCGCAGCUCACCACCUACGACACCUUCAAGCGGUUGUGCAUCGACCAGAUCGGCAUGGGCGAUAGUCUGCUCACGCAUUUCACUGCCUCCUUCAUGGCCGGCUUCGUCGCCACCACCAUGUGCAGCCCCGUCGAUGUGAUCAAGACCCGCGUCAUGAGCGCCUCCGCCGCCGAGUCGCACGGCCACGGCCUGCUCGGCCUCCUGCGCGACAUCUACCGCCGCGAGGGCCUCACCUGGGUCUUCCGCGGUUGGGUGCCCAGCUUCAUUCGUCUGGGUCCGCAUACAAUCGCCACUUUCCUCUUUCUCGAAGAACAUAAACGUAUCUACCGUCUUGUUAAGGGGAUCCCGGACGACCCUCACAGCAACUAGGUUUGAAUAUCUACAUUUGUGUGUUGCAUUUUUCCCUGUUCAUUUUGUGUUCAUCUAUAUCCUUUUUUUUGUAUAUACCUCUUGUUUUUUUUUUUGGAUUGGCUCGCUGUACUGUAUCAGCUGAACCGCAUAGACC